GUGAAGAAAAAGUAGUGGAAAGAAGAAAGAAAAAAGGAAAAAAAAAAAAAAUGCAAAGGCAAAAAAGCGAAUCCUGAAGCACAAAGAUCAAGUUGGCGGGUAAAUUAUAUAAAACGCAAAAGAAUUUAAAAAAAAUUAAAUAAAUUAAAUUCAUUCCAUCCAAAUCCAAACUUUGAGAAAAAACCAAAUUUAAUGAUAGCUUUGAGGCCCGACCAAGCUUUGUGGUUUCCAUCAUUACCACUCUUUUAACUUUUUUUUGGAUUUGAAUUUAAUUUGAUUUUGCUCUGAGAUCUAUGUGAUUCACUGCAAGCUAAAACCUUAUUUAUCAGCUAUACAAAGUUAGGGUUUUUCUGUUGCACUGCUUUUUUUGGUUUUUGAAAAGUUUUACGGAUUUUGAUGAAGAAUUCUGGUUCUGAGCUUCAACCUGCUGAAGAAUCCACUUCGGCUUCUACUAAUCCACCUACGACAUGUAAUCUGAAGGAAAAAAGUGAAGGGACCUCCUUGAUUCCACAGUCUAGACGGCCAAACUUGUCAUCUUUGCAAAUACCUGCAAGGUCUCUUGAAAAUACUUUGUCCACUUUUACAAGGGUCGAUAUUCCUUCAGUACCAAGUCCGGCUUCUAGAGCUGGACUGCCCCCUAGACCAAAUUCAGCCAAGGUCAAAUCAUCCAUGAAAGGUCUGUUUCCGCAAAGAAGCGUUAAGGUGAAAAAUUUGGCUCAGGAUGCUGAGAAGACCAUUCUCAUUAUACCAGAUACACUUCCAUCAGAUGAUUCUGUUGCGAGGCCUUCUACUUCAAGGUCUUUCUCCCUGAAUAAGAUUUUUUUUUCUUCAUCAGCAAAAGCAACAAAUUCUUUACCAGUUACACCAAUGGCACGUUUGGGCCAUGAGGCUAUACAAGGAAGACAUGUGGAGAGUGAUUCUGAUUUUUCUAAAACUGAAGUUAAGCAGCAUAUGACCCGCUCAUUAUCAGUUCCAGUAAAUGUUAAAGCCAGAAGUUUAAGACGAAUGGAUUCUGGAGGCAUGAUCCGUGUGAUUUCAGCAACUCCACGUCCUCCAAUUGUUGAAGGUGCCUCACCAGAUGAUGUGCCAGCAGUUGAAAUUGCUAGUGAAGAUGAUGGAGAGGAUAUUCCAGAGGAAGAAGCUGUUUGUAGAAUUUGUUUGGUUGAGCUUGGGGAAGGUGGUGAUACCCUUAAAAUGGAAUGCAGCUGCAAAGGAGAGCUGGCACUUGCGCACCAAGAGUGUGCAGUGAAAUGGUUUAGCAUUAAAGGAAACAAGACCUGCGAUGUCUGCAAGCGAGAUGUUCAAAAUCUACCCGUAACAUUGUUGAAAAUACACAACCCUCAAACUGUUAGACGGCUACAAACACUCCCACAGCAGAGGGAAGCUCCUCGAUACCGGAUCUGGCAGGAUGUACCAGUUCUUGUCAUGGUCAGCAUGCUUGCAUAUUUCUGUUUUUUGGAGCAACUCCUGGUAUCUGAUUUGGGGCCUCGUGCACUGGCCAUUUCUUUACCUUUUUCAUGUGUUCUAGGUCUCCUUUCAUCAAUGAUUGCUUCCACUAUGGUGAGCAGAAAUUACAUAUGGGCUUAUGCUUCAUUCCAGUUUGCCAUUGUGAUCCUGUUCGCUCACAUUUUUUAUACAGUACUUAAUGUAAACCCAAUUCUUUCUGUCCUCCUGUCCUCCUUCACUGGCUUUGGGAUAGCAAUCAGUACAAAUUCUCUCCUGGUUGAAUAUAUCAGAUGGAAAACCAGCAGGCAACUGCGAUCUUCCCGUCAGAAUAUUAAUGGUGCAAUGCAGCGACAACAGCUACAACUGCAGCAACACCACCACCACCACAGGCAGCACCAGCACCAGUAUCAGCAAGAACAAUUAGUAGAAGAUAUGCAGCAGCAGCAGCAGCAUGGGCAAGAGCAUUAUCAACAACAGCAGCAGCAGCAGCAUCAAGUGAUUGAAGAUCGAAAUGUGGGACCCACAUAUAGUUCUGGGCAGCAAGAAAUUAUUCAGACCACAUAGUCCAUCAAGGUCUAGGCAUUUUUGAGAAUUGUGGUCAAACGGUAUCAAACCUGGCUCGUCAUUUUAGUGCAGAUAAACAGUUGAUAUCUGAGAGUUAUUGUUCCAUGGAAUCUUCUGCCACGAUCAACUAGUUUCUUGACAUGAGCGGAAUUGAAGAGAUUGUUCAGAUAAAGAGAAAAGCUGACUAAAUAGCAAUUCAAUUUAUUAGUCUUUGUCUUUGAUUGAUGUACAUGUAGAAAUGUUUCCGUACAAAGUGAUCUUUGUAUUCUAGAUCAUUGAAAUAGCCAACUAGUUUACCACCAAAGAACUUAAAAAAAAAAAAAAAAAAAAAAAAAGACAAUUAACAGGAAAUUUUGAAAAUAACGUUAUGGUUAAGAGUUUUUUUAUUGUAUACGUUUGCUUUUCUGAA